AGGCCCCCGGGUGCCGCGGAGCCUUGUGGGAGGGCGGCAAGAUGGCGGCGCCCGUGAGGCGUGUUGUGUUAGGGGCGACGGGCGUCUGGAGGCUGCUGGAGAGGCCGUGGGCGUCUAGCCUGUGUUCUCGCAGCCUGACGCUUGCAGCUCUACCCUCAAGGACUAAGUCACCAUGGCGCCUAUGGGGAGCCUUAUGCCUGCAGCGGCCUCCGCUGAUCUCCAAGCCGCUGACCCCGCUGCAGGAAGAGAUGGCGGCCCUGCUGCAGCAGGUGGAGACAGAGAAAAGCCUGUAUUCGGACCAUGAGCUCCGUGCCUUGGGUGAGGCCCAGCAGCUGGCCAAGAAGAGGGCCGACCUCCAUGAGGAGGAGGACGAGCCGGGGAUCCUGCUGGUGCCGGACCUGGAAGACAUGUGGGAGCAGGCAUUCCUGCGCUUCAGGCCUGGGGCCCGCACCACAGAGGCUGAUGAGAAGAAUGACCGAACUUCGCUGCACCGGAAGCUGGACAGGAGCCUUGUGCUGCUGGUCAGAGAGAAGCUGGGAGGCCAGGAUGUGUGGAUGCUGCCCCAGGCAGAGUGGCAGCCCGGGGAGACUCUCCGAGGAACGGCCGAGCGGACCCUGGCCACGGUCUCAGGAAACAGCAUGGAAGCCAAGUUCCUUGGAAACGCACCGUGUGGGCACUACAAGUUCAAGUUCCCCCAGGCAGUGCGGACAGAGAGCAACCUUGGGGCCAAAGUAUUCUUCUUCAAAGCGCUGCUGCUGGCCGGAGACUUCCCGCGGGCGGGGGAGGAGGCCCGGCACGUGUGGGUCAGCAAGGAGGAGCUGGGCGACUAUCUGAGCCCACGCUACCUGGCCCAGGUGCGGAGGUUCCUCCUGGAUCUCUGACACACGGAGCUGCCUGUGGGCAGUGCCGCCUGGGUCAGUGGCUGCCAGCUGUGCUCUGAGACGGGAUGAGGCGGUCUCUGCCUGUGCCAGUCUCUGCCGAUUUGCCCUCCCAGGACUCCUGGCCUCAGCGCCUGUCUCUCGUCGUCUGUUUCCCGAGCGGAUGGUUGCAGCUCCCCCCGUGUUAGGGAAUCCACCAGCUUACCAGGCCAUGGAGAGAGCACAGGAGAUGGAGCCCAGAGCCACGGGUUCCCAUAGAGCUGGGCCCUGGGACAGAGGAGGCUCCGCUGCAUCUGUUUCCCUUCCCUUCCCUCUGGCUGCCUCCUGCCUCCCUCAGAACGGCCCGGGACACGCCACACCAGCUCCUCCCCUUUCUGCCGCAGAGUAUUGCCCUGGUGGUGCUGACCUGGCCUCCAGGUGGCCUCUGGUGUUCAGUGCCUGGCACGCAGGGGCCGCCGUUUGUAAGCCCUGCUGCCUGGAAGUGGAGGGCCAGGAGCUCAGGCAAGCCACCGUGCCCGGGCAGCCCUGCACGGAGGCACUGUCUGGACCCCGUCACACCCCUGCCUCCCCAGGUGGACGGCUGGGAGCCUGUGCGGUGAGAGCCCCGUUUCUGCGUCAGCUGUGGCCGUGUGUUCCUGCCCCCAUGGGAUCAGGGAGGAUGUGUUUCCCUCCCGUGGUACUGGGGGCAGCUGGCUGCAGGCUGGGCCUCCAGAGCGAGCCUGUGGGUCUGGAGAGGUGGGGUUGUGAGGUACUGUGCAGCCUGCCGGUAGGCAGGGGCUGGAGUCCAGCUCACCUGAGAGCGGGUGCCUCCCCUGCCACCUGCCUGUCAUCUGUAAGGAUCUGAAAUGAGAAUGACGCCACUUCUCAGGAGUGUGCAGUUUGAAAGCCGUGGUGCCGCAUGGCGUGUCACCUUCAGCAAUUGUUCUCCCUGGUCCCUGAAUGCAGCGUUGUCAUCUUCAGCUUUAAAAAAAUUUUGUUUGAA